AUGGGAGGCCCAGUGGAGAGACAAUCUGGCAGAAAAAGAAAAGCGAGCGUACGAGAAACUAGGGUGAGUCUAGGACAACGCGAGAUUUACCAUGCAUAUGUUGCAGACCAGCCUACAAAGAUCGAGUUCUCGAAGGAUGAGGCGACUCACCUCUUCCACCUGCAUAACAAUGUACUGGUUAUCACCUUGAAAAUAGCCAACACAAAAGUGCAUCAAAUUUUGGAGAAUGGAGGCAGCUCGGCAGAUAUCAUCUCGUUGACAGCUUACAAAGUUAUGGAUUUAGGAGAAGAAGCGCUUAAGAGCAGCCCGACACCACUGAUAGGAUUUGGAGGAGGAAGAGUCAUCCAUGAGGGGAGAAUAAAGUUGCCAGUAACAUUCGGAAGCGGGCCAAAAAGCAUCACCAAAAAGGUGGUCGACUACACAUCCUCCUACAAUGCAAUAUUAGGAAGGCCGACAAUGCAUAUGCUCAGAGCGAUACCAUCUACAUACCACCAGUCCAUGAAAUUCCCAACACCUUGUGGAAUAUGA